AUGGCGGCGCUGUGGCGGCGGCCGCGUCCCCCGGCAGCGUCGGGGCUGUGCCGUACGCUUCGAGCGCUCUCAGGAAAGAAUGAGUAUGAUCUUCUGGUCAUUGGCGGAGGGUCUGGAGGCCUUGCUUGUGCAAAGGAAGCUGCUCAGUUUGGAAGAAAAGUGGCUGUUCUGGAUUAUGUUGAACCUUCCCUACAAGGAACCACGUGGGGACUUGGUGGAACUUGUGUGAAUGUUGGCUGCAUUCCUAAAAAGCUUAUGCAUCAAGCAGCCCUUUUAGGGAGUGCCCUUAAAGAUGCCCAACACUAUGGCUGGAAUAUAUCCCAACCUGUUCAUCACACCUGGUCUGUGAUGGCACAGGGUGUUCAGAAUUAUGUGAAAUCCUUGAACUGGGGACACAGAGUGCAACUACAAGAAAAGAAGGUGAAAUAUUUCAACAUAAAAGGAAGUUUUUCUGAUCCACAUACAGUCCGUGGUUUAACAAAAGCAGGUAAAGAGACUGUUGUUACUGCAGAUAAUAUUGUCAUUGCUACUGGAGGAAGACCAAAAUACCCUAUGCAUGUUGCAGGUGCACUGGAGUAUGGAAUCACAAGUGAUGAUCUGUUCUGGUUAAAGGAAUCUCCUGGAAAAACGUUGAUUGUUGGAGCCAGCUAUGUUUCCCUUGAGUGUGCUGGUUUUCUAACAGGCAUUGGAAUGGACACUACAGUCAUGAUGAGAAGUGUCCCACUUCGUGGGUUUGAUCAGCAAAUGGCUUCUUUAGUAACUGAGCACAUGGAAUCCUAUGGCACAAAAUUUUUAAAGAGGUGUUUCCCAAUUAAAGUUGAAAAAUUGAAGAGCAACAGAUUGCAAGUCACUUGGAAAAAUGCUGACCUGAACACAGAAGAAACCGAUUCUUUCAACACCGUUAUGUGGGCAGUAGGCCGAGCCCCUGACACCAAAACUCUCAAUUUGGACACAAUUGGAGUGAAAACUAAUUCUGAAACUGGAAAGAUUAUUGUUGAUGCCAGUGAAGCUACUUCUGUUCCUCACAUUUAUGCAAUUGGAGACAUUACAGAGGGCCGUCCUGAAUUAACACCCACAGCAAUCGCUGCAGGGAAACUGCUGGCUCAGCGUCUUUUCGGCCAGUCUUCAGAACUGAUGGACUAUGACAAUGUGCCUACCACAGUCUUCACUCCCCUGGAAUAUGGUUGUGUUGGCCUGUCAGAAGAAGCAGCUGUGCAACGUCAUGGAUCAGAUAAUAUUGAGGUGUACCAUGCAUAUUACAAACCCUUAGAGUUUACAGUGGCUGAAAGAGAUGCAUCUCAAUGCUAUAUGAAAAUGGUGUGCUUACGAGAGAGGGAGCAACGAAUACUUGGCCUUCAUUUCAUUGGACCAAAUGCAGGCGAAGUUAUUCAAGGAUUUGCUCUUGGAAUCAAAUGUGGUGCUACGUAUCCUCAGAUGAUGAAGACAGUUGGCAUUCACCCCACCUGUGCUGAAGAAGUGACCAAGUUGCACAUUACAAAGCGUUCUGGCCUGGAUGCAACAGUCACAGGCUGCUGAGGUUAAAUACCAUCCCUGGGAAGAAGGAAAAAAACCACAAAACAUAUUUGUAAAGAAAAGGGGCACUUAAAGUUGAAACAGCGUUAAUGCUUCAGGUUACAGGAAUCUUUCUCGUUCUCCUUGUAGAGAGCUUUUUUUCACAGCCAAAAUAUUUUCCUUGCACACUCACUGUUCUAAAACCAAUGUAGUUCUGCUGCAACAAAUCUUUAAGUGCCUAAAGCUCUUCUGUUGCUGGGAGCUAGGGCAUAAUCACAGUAUUUUAUAUGUAAGUAUAACUAAAGCCUAUGACAUCCGAGGCCAUCUACAAAUGAAGCAGUUGUCAUUUGGGUUUCCCUGUUGGCACGACUGGCUGCCAGCAGAAGAGUCUCAGACAGGGCAUCCCUUAGAAGUUUGGUGGGAUGCUUUGUCCUGCAUGCUUGGAUUGCUCAUUACUGAUUCUAAUACUGACCACUGAGACUCUACAUUCGCUAGUGGGAACAACUUCCUGGAGUGGGUAAAAAAAGGGUAAGCAGUCAUCUUUGGGUUUUUUCCUUUGAAAUGUAGUAUGUAAAGUACUUUAAUAGAAAAUCACCUGAAGCUGUACUGCUGCUGGAAGAGUCACAAUGGAUUGAUCAGUAACAGCCUGGUCACAGUGUUAUGGUAAGGACUGACAAUGAACUAUCUCAGAGGUGCUGAAGGAAGAGUUGGAUUUUAUGGUGGCCCCUCUGCCUACUCCUGAAAUUUUUAAUUCAGCUGAGUCCAAACUAAAUUGACACAGCUCACAAAUUACUACUUGAACAGUGUAUAUUAAUCUGACAAGUAGAGUAAGUGUCUCUAAUAAUCCACCUUAUGCAGCAUUUUCUGGUUUUUAGAAUGCAGAAAUAUGGCUGAUACUGAAAUAUUUUCUUGGUUUGUUUUUAAGACUUUCUUACUGAUGAGCUAGAGACUAUAGCUGAACUCACUUACAUCUGGCAUUAAUAAAACACUUUACUGAAGGGAACUACAUUAAGCAGUGAUCCAGAAGAGAAAUGGUCCUGCCCUGAGCAAAGAUAUAAAAUAAUCAUCUGCAACCUUUUCUUUUUAUUUUUUUUGUGUACUGGCCCGAGUAAGAAAGCAUUGCCCUGUUACAAAUUCCGGCUGAUUUUCGUGUUCUCCAGAAGGGGGAGAUGCUGGCUCACAUGUGGCAGGAGAGGAACAAAUCUGAGAGUGACGCUUCUUGUGCAGAGCCCUGUUAAGGAGGCAGCCUGGCAAAGACACACACAAACUGAUCUGCACUGAAUUUCAAUGCCAGUCUCAGUUUCUUGCACCCUUUACAGCAGAAUAGUGCACACUGGAAGAGACCAGCUUCAGGUGAAGCAAAAUAUAUCCUUUUUGCAGUUAAUUGGUAUCCAUGUUAGAUGUGUGGAAUUUAUUUUAAUUCCAAACUUGUUGCAGUUCUGAAGAAUAUUCGGAUGAUCACAUAUACAUCUGCUAUUUUAAUUUGAUUGGUAUUUCACUGCUGCAGCAACACAAACAAAUGGUUGGUUUAUGUCAAGCAUGAAAUAAUUUUUACCAUGAGAAUUGUACCUGUCUGAGAAGCUAUUAGACAAAAGGGAUCGAAACUUCUUUGUAAAAUAGGAUUUAACAGCAUUUAUCAUGCUCUCAUUGAUAUAAGAAUAUUAACUUUUCAAAUAUUUUUUUAAAUUUCAACAACAAAUGAAAUCCUAAAUGUUU